CCCUAUUUGUCUCUGUUUGCGUGUUUGGUGCUUAGUUUGUCCACUGCUGCAGUGUUAUACAUAAUAUUUUUAUUUAAUAAAGAAAGGGAUUUCUUUAUGUUAGUCAAUAGUCAAGCAUAUGGAUCGAUAAAGGAGAAUCAUAUUCAACCUAAUCUCUCUCACUCUCGCUCGUACGCAGACAAUGAAGUAUGAGCAAUGGAUUCUCACAGCAGCAAUCCUUCUUCAGAUGUUUCUUACAAGUACAACAGAAUCUCUCUCAGAAGCUAAUAAAAUCCUCAAAUUGCCAGGGCAACCACAGGUCAGCUUCCAGCAAUAUGCAGGAUAUGUAACCAUUGAUGAGAAGCAACAAAGAGCACUUUUCUACUACUUUGUUGAGGCAGAAACAGAUCCAGCUUCAAAGCCACUUGUUCUUUGGUUAAAUGGAGGGCCUGGUUGUUCAUCUAUUGGAGCUGGAGCAUUUGUUGAGCAUGGUCCUUUUAAACCCAGUAAAGGCGUGCUAUUAAAAAAUGAUUAUAGUUGGAAUAAAGUAGCAAAUAUGUUAUAUCUGGAAUCACCUGCAGGAGUUGGGUACUCCUACUCUGCCAAUAAAUCUUUCUACAACUCCGUAAACGAUGAUAUUACAGCUAGAGACAAUCUUGAAUUCCUCAACCGGUGGUUUACGAAGUUCCCGGAGUAUAAGGGUAGAGAUUUCUUCAUCACUGGUGAAAGCUAUGGAGGUCAUUAUGUUCCACAGCUUGCAGAACUGAUAAUCCAAUCCAAACUGAAGUUCAACCUGAAGGGUAUUGCUAUAGGGAAUCCACUUCUGGAAUUCAAUACUGACUUCAAUUCGGUAGCAGAGUUCUGGUGGUCACACGGGUUGAUAUCAGAUUCAUCAUAUGAAAUGUUCAAUACGGUUUGUAACUACUCACAAAUUAGAAGACAGCAUCAAAGUGGAACUUUGACUCCUGGUUGCUCUGACGUAAAUAGACAAGUUUCAAGAGAAAUUAGUAAAUUUGUCGAUGCUUAUGAUGUGACCCUGGAUGUCUGUUUGCCUUCUAUUGCAUCACAAUCUCAUAGGUUGAAUAAAGGAUUAUAUAUGGGGAAAAUAGAUGUAUGUGUAGAAGAUGAGACAACUACAUACUUAAACCAGAAAGAUGUGCUGGAAGCUCUGCAUGCUAGGCUUGUUGGAGUUCCUCAAUGGACGGUUUGUAGCGAUGUGCUGAAAUAUGAGAUGCAAAAUCUAGAAGUGCCUACCCUUUCUGUGCUGGGUGUUCUUAUCAAAUCUGGCAUCCGAAUCUUGGUUUACAGCGGAGAUCAAGACUCAGUUAUCCCUCUGACUGGAACACGAGGCCUAGUCAAUGGAUUGGCGAAGCAGUUGGGACUAAACACUACUGUGCCUUAUAGGGUCUGGUUUGAAGGAAGACAGGUUGGUGGAUGGACACAAAUCUAUGGGGACAUCUUAUCCUAUGCAACAAUUAGAGGAGCAUCUCAUGAAGCUCCGUUUUCACAACCAGAAAGAUCGCUCGUUCUAUUCAAUGCAUUUGUAGGAGGAAAGCCACUACCUGACCAAACCCAAACCUGAUUAACUUGACAAAUUUUUUCUUCCCCUUUUAUUGCCAAUUCUCUCUCUUUCACAUGACAAGAGAGUGGGCAUAUGGUGGGUGAUUGAAUUUGCAAAUACCUAGGGACUUUUAUCGAACACCUGGUCUGCUAAUAAGUAACACCAAAUGGGCAAUUGUGUGGUCUGAUUCUUACAUAUAUGCAAAAUUCAGUCUCUUGACUUUCCUUCGAUCA